AUGUCCAUUCCGUCGGCUAACAGUAGUGAACUCAAAGCUAUCUACCUCACCGAUGAAGGAAUGUCUUUCCUGGAAGGUGUCCGCCUCCUCUGGACUAGCUACCGCAACUACACCACCUCUCUACAAGGUGGAACUGAGGUCGGGCCAGUUCCUACAGUCCCGUAUAAGAAGCCCAUCUCGGGCGAAUCGUGCGAUUGGAACAUUGGUAUCAGCAAGAACAGCAUCAAUAAUAGGAAUGGCCCCUCCAACUACCAUGAAAGACGAAGUAAUGUCUUUCCCUUAUCACAGACUUUCAGCCAGCUACGUCUAUCACAGAAUAUUGUGGUCCGUGAUGAAGCAGAUAUGGAACUACUGUCAGAAUAUACCUUCUUCCUCCUGGCCAGUCCUGUUACUACAUCCGCUCUUUCUUUCAUGCAACACUCAACCAUCUAUCAGUGA